GCUGUGUACGUUAGGUUAAUAUAUGCCGGUGAGUCGUGAGAUCAAAUCGAUGCAUCUGUUAUAAUAACGCAUCGUACAGUUUUAAAGGUUUCUGACGGUAUCAUUGCAAUAUGGUGUAUUUCAGCUGUGAAUGAUUUUAAGGGUGUGUAAUGCUUAAAUACUUUAAGUUGACGUUAGCGGAGUGUUUUUUAGUCACGAGACGUUGGCAUGUCGCGGAGGCGCGCGUGCUGUUCCGUGUUUACGACUUCUGCCGACGUUACAUAUAGGCUAUGCGGUCCGGUUCACUUGAUAUAUGCUUCAUCCCUGUAUCCAGUUAUAUUACUAACCUCUUGCUGUUUUUGCAGGUCUGAUAGGACUGUCAGACGCUGCAUUUGUUGUCAGAGGGCCAAUGGUUCGGAUCCGAAUAUCCAUAUAGAGCGUUAAUAGAGUUUGUGUGUUUUCUAUGCAUACUUCAGUAAUAGUAAUUCACUUAUUUCCUACACUGUCCUCGGUGAUGUGGUGACGUCGGUUCAACGGUUACCGAUGCCCCGCCUCCUCCGGUGAUUGAUUACCUGUGUUUCAGAUAUGCGCUGUGUUCAAAAACCCCAAAGACUUCCAGUCUGCUCUAAACACAUAUCUCGUGUGUGUGCUUUUUCAUGUGGGAUUCUUAUAAAGCCGUAGUCAUAGCCUACUUUGAGCGCAAAUAACAAAUAAUAACUGAAUAAAAAGCUGCUGCUCCGUUAAUUACUAAAAAGCUAAAAAGCUCCGUUAAUUGCUAUAUUUUUUAUUUAUUUAUUUUUUGCUGUAAAGAUGGUUAAAGGCUUAAUUUCGCUUAUCUCCAGAAUACAAACCUUGAUUUAAAGGGAUAGUUCACCCAAAAAUGAAAAUGCUGUCAUUAAUUACUCACCCUCAUGUCGUUUCAAACCCAUAAGACCUUAGUUCUUCUUCAGAACCCAAAUAAAGAUAUUUUUGAUGCAAUCUGAGAGCUUUCUGGCCCUUCAUAGACAGCAAUGCAACUUUAAUGCUCCUAGGUUCAGAAAUGUCGCGAUGACAUCUGUAAAAUAUGUGACAUCAGGGGUUCAACCAUAAUUUUACGAAGCUACGAGAAUAUUUUGUGUGCAAAGAAAACAAAAAUAACAACUUUAUUCAACAAUUUUUCGGAAGCAAGAGGAUGUGUCAUGAUACUGUCUCCAUAAUGGCGGCGCAUUGCAGGAGACUGGAUGAGGAGGAGAAGAGUUGAAUAAAGUCGAUAUUUUUGUUUUCUUUGCGCAAAAAAAUAUUUUCGUAGCUUGGUAAAAUUUUCUGUUUCUGGACCUGGGAACAUUACAGUUGUAGGCUAUUUGAAGCACAAACGUAUAUAGUAUGAACGGCACAAUUUAAAAGUCACGUUUGUUAAGAAAUGUGAUUGUCAAUUCCAAACACUGAAUGUGUGAAUGUAGCUAAACUGACUACACAGGUUUCAUUUGUGCCAAAAAAAAAAAAAAAAAUUGAAUGCUUUAGUUUGUUUAUUACAUUUGUCUAGAAGUGCAUGUCAGUUUGCAUACUCAUGCACCGUUAAGCCAUUUUGUAGUAUAAAUACUGUGAGUAGUGUCUUCACACUAAAAAUUCCAGAAAGAAAAGUCAUAAUAUUUGGAAACAGCCUUUAAUAAACAACAGAAUGAGAUGACAUGAAGGACAACAGGACAAGACGACAUAAGCAAAGAAGACACAUCAACAUACUAAUUUGUCUUAACAAGUAGGCCUAUGCAGUGACUGUAGACAUGGACAAAUGUAUAGUACAAAGCAGUCGUUUCUGGCACAAAUGGAACAUCACAGAAUCUGGCUUUUCAUAAACUUGUUUCACACAGGCUUUCACGGCACCAUAAUGUCAUAUGUAAUGAUCUAAACCAGUUUCAGAGGAGCCGUUGACACAGCUAAGUGAAUAUUUAAUGACUGCAGUAUAAACUGAGAUGCAUCUCUAUGCCAUACUUCCUGUGACAGCAGCGUUUUUCAGGUUUUAAAACACAGCCUGCAUGUUAGCCUUUUAGGGGGCGUGUGUCGCUUCAGGCCAGGCUUAUGUGUUUUGAAGAGGCAUUUACUGGCCUGCAUCUAAAUCAGUAUCCCUGUGAAACAUAAUCGGAGAUGUUUUGCCUGCAUAUACACAAGAGGCAGUUAAGAAUACAGGCAAUUAUUUUAUUUGGAGAGUGAGAACUUCUGUUCUAAAGUUUGUGCUGAAUGCAGUUGCACGAGGCGUCCCUGGCUCGUCGCCGCGUCCCGCAAUGCUUUCGAAACAUUAUCUCAUUCAGGGGAUCAUCAUUCAUGGUGAUGUAACAAGCCCGAUUAAGCAGGGCCUUGAUCGACUGUCGUCAUUAUGUGUCACAGGUGCACUCCAACUGGGCUCUAGGUCGGCACAGUAGAGGAAGGGACAACGGGAGGAUAGUGCUGGUCUAGGUUGAUGCCGCAGGUGGCUCUGGCAGGUCUAGGGAGAGGCAGGCAGCAUGGCUGAACCCAGACGCGACAGCACCAGCAGCCUGCAGCGCAAGAAGCCGCCAUGGCUAAAACUGGACAUUCCCACCGCUCAGGUGUCCGUGGACGAAGCUCCAGCUUUUGUUCAGCCCAUGAAGAGGCAUGGUUUCCAUCGCAGCGUCAGUAUGCCUGUGGAAACCUCUCACCUCCCCUCUCCUCCACGUGACCUCUUUGACCCCCGGCGAGCUGCUUUCCAGCGUCAGUCUUCAAUCACACAAACCAUCAAGAGCAGCAGGAGGGUGCACUUUGAGAGGAUUAACACUGUGCCCAUUAAGGGUCACCGUGCGGGGCGGCAUGGUUUCAGACGGCAUCAGUCCCUCUCCAGAACCCUGCUCAGGGGCACGGCGGACUGGUUCGGGGUCAGUAAGGACGGCGACGCCACGCACAAAUGGCAGAGGAAGAGCCUGCGCCACUGCAGCCUGCGCUACGGCAAGCUGAAACCUCAGGUGAUCCGUGAGAUGGAGCUGCCCAGCCAGGACAACAUCUCCCUGACCAGCACAGAAACCCCUCCGCCUCUAUAUGUGCCCUCAUCUCAGCAUGGCAUGCAGAAGAUUGUGGACCCACUGGCACGAGGGCGUGCGUUUCGCAUGGUGGAGGAGGUAGAUGGCUACAGUGUGCCUCAAACUCCCAUCACCCCCGGCGCGGCGUCCCUAUGCUCCUUCAACAGCUCUCGCUCAGGCCUGAACCGCAUCCCGCGCAGACGCAAGCGCGAGUCCGUGGCCAAGAUGAGCUUCAGAGCGGCAGCAGCUCUGGUCAAGGGUCGCUCGCUGCGUGAGGGCACACUAAGACGAGCUCACAGGCGCAGCUUCACACCUGCUAGCUUUAUUGAGGAAGAUGUUGUGGACUUUCCAGAUGAACUUGAUACAUCGUUCUUCGCCAGGGACGUCCUGAUGCAGGAGGAGAUGUCCACCUUUCACGACGAGGUGUUUGAAUCUCCAUCAGACUCCACCAUGAAGGACGUGGACAGCAAACAGCUGGAUGAGUCGGAGCUAACGGGCAGCGCGCUGGACAAAAGCGAGUUAGAGAGGAGUCACUUAAUGCUGCCUCUAGAGCGUGGCUGGCGGAAGGUUAAAGAGGGAACGCCGGUGCCCCCUAAAGUCCGCCUGAGGCAGGAGGUAGUGAGUGUGAACGGUCAGCGGAGGGGCCAACGGAUAGCCGUGCCAGUCAAGAAGCUCUUCGCAAGAGAAAAAAGACCGUACGGAUUGGGCAUGGUGGGAAAGCUGACCAAUCGAACAUAUCGCAAGCGCAUCGACAGCUACGUGAAACAACAGAUAGAGGACAUGGAUGACCACAGGCCUUUCUUUACAUAUUGGAUAACAUUCGUUCACAUACUCAUCACCAUUUUGGCAGUGUGUAUUUAUGGCAUUGCACCAGUGGGCUUCUCCCAGCAUGAAACCGUCGAUUCUGUCCUAAGAAAUAAAGGCGUUUAUGAAAAUGUCAAAUUUGUGCAGCAAGAGAACUUCUGGAUUGGACCAAGUUCGGAAGCCUUGAUUCAUCUGGGAGCCAAAUUCUCACCUUGUAUGCGGCAGGAUAACCAGGUACACGAACUGAUUAAAAAAAAGCGAGACCUGGAGCGAAAUUCAGCUUGCUGCGUGCGCAACGACCGCUCUGGCUGUCUGCAGAGCUCAGAGGAGGAAUGCUCUAGCACUUUGGCUGUGUGGGUGAAGUGGCCUCAGCAUCCCAGCACUCCUCAGCUGGAGGGGAAGAACCGGGAGCAUGGCUCUGUGUGUCAUCAGGACCCCAGGACGUGUAUAGAGCCGGCCUCAGUAGCUCCUCAUGAGUGGCCUGAUGACAUCACCAAAUGGCCCAUCUGCACCAAAUAUAAUUCUGGGAACCACACCAAUCUGCCUCAUAUAGACUGUACUAUCACCGGCCGGCCCUGUUGCAUCGGCACUAAAGGGAGGUGUGAAAUCACAUCAAGGGAGUACUGUGACUUCAUGAAGGGAUACUUCCAUGAGGAGGCAACCCUCUGCUCCCAAGUGCACUGUAUGGAUGAUGUGUGUGGCCUCCUUCCUUUCCUGAACCCUGAGGUCCCAGAUCAGUUCUACCGCCUCUGGCUCUCACUGUUUCUGCAUGCUGGGAUUCUGCAUUGCCUGGUGUCGGUAAGUUUUCAGAUGACAAUUCUUCGAGACCUAGAGAAGCUGGCUGGGUGGCUACGGAUAUCUAUCAUUUAUAUCCUGAGUGGCAUCACAGGAAACCUGGCUAGUGCCAUCUUCCUCCCCUACAGAGCUGAGGUGGGUCCAGCUGGCUCUCAGUUCGGGAUCCUGGCCUGUCUGUUUGUGGAGCUGAUUCAGAGCUGGCAGAUUCUGGCUCAGCCGUGGAGGGCCUUCACUAAAUUACUGUGUGUGGUGCUCUUUCUGUUCGCCUUCGGCCUGCUGCCCUGGAUCGAUAACUUCGCCCACAUCUGCGGAUUCAUCUCGGGCUUCUUCCUCUCCUUCGCCUUCCUGCCCUACAUCAGCUUCGGCCGCCUGGACAUGUACCGCAAGCGCUGCCAGAUCAUCAUCUUCCUGGUGGUGUUUGUGGGGCUGUUCGCGGGACUCGUGGUGCUCUUCUAUGUGUCUCCCAUUAAGUGUGAGUGGUGCGAACUGCUCACCUGCAUUCCUUUCACCGACAAGUUCUGUGAGAAGUACGACCUCAAUGCGCACCUCCAUUGAGGGAGAGGCGGGGCUUCGGGGAGAGAGGGAUUUGAUUGGUCGUUGAUCUGCAUCUGUCAGUGUUCAUCCAGUUGCACUUCGUCUCGCCCCAAAUGAAGCCCUUUCUGUGAACUUGGACAGUAUGCUUGUGUUGUUGUUGUUUUUUACUCAAGUGUAAGUUGGAUCUCCACUUUGACCAUGAUUUUAGGAAUGAAGAUCGCUUUUUAACGUACCAUAAAGUUUUAUGUAGUCUAUUGAUAAGGGUGUCUGAUAAUCAUACGAAAACAGGGUCACCCUCGCCUGAAAACUUUCUUUACACUACAGUCUCAGAAGGCAGUGUCAUAAUAAAAGCACUGGUACACCAAACGGAGAACACGUCUUCUCCAAUUUGAUUGUUGUACUUUUUUAUGUUUUAGCAUGUCAGGGGUAGGUUUGUCUUUGUUUAGUCGACCUCAGAAUCCAGGGACGAAAAACUCUGUACCUUUGGUGCCUUGAUAAAUGUACCUACUACUGCCAUAUUUUCGUUACACGUUGAGCACUCAAAUGAUAUUCUUUUAUUUGUGUGUUACUUCUAAUGGAGUAAUGGUUGAUUAUGAAAGGGUAGUGUUUUAGCUACCCAAUUUACUCACUUGUUACAGAAUACAGCUAAAACAACCUGCACCUCUGAAGUUUGUCUGUUUUUCUUGUCUACUAGACCCCAAAUUAGCACUAAAUUAUGGAAGCCCAUUUCCACCUCAGAGUAAGAAUAAAUAAAUAAAAAGGUAACUUUCUUGUGAGACGUUA